AUGAGGGGAAACGGAAGUCCCGUCGUGACUGAAAACUUGACUUACAACGAUCCGACGAAAAAUGGAAAUUAUUUCUCAAGACAGCAGCAGCAACAACAACAGCAUUGGAUGAGUCCUUAUGGGAAUUCGCACACUAAAUGGCAGGGACCGACUUGGAAAUCCGUCGGUUCCGGAAAUCAUCAGACUGAGACGAAAAAUAACGAACGAAAAAUAGUUCGAAGGAGUAAUCUUUGCGACAUUUUUAAUCAGAUCAUUGGUCAUCUCUCCGAAAUUGUUUUCAAUGGUAAAAAUUCGUGCCAAAAGAAACAGGUGGACCCCGAGUUGAUCUUUACGAAGCAAGAAAAAAUCGGAAAAGGUUCGUUCGGGGAAGUUUUCAAAGGGAUCGACAACAGGACGCAACAAGUCGUGGCAAUCAAAAUAAUAGAUUUAGAAGAAGCCGAAGAUGAAAUCGAAGACAUACAACAGGAAAUUAUGGUUUUGUCACAGUGCGACAGUCCGUUCGUCACGAAAUAUUACGGAUCAUACCUGAAGGGUACAAAACUAUGGAUAAUAAUGGAAUAUUUGGGUGCGGGUUCAGCUUUGGAUUUGAUGAAAGCGACCAAUUUCGAAGAAAUGCACAUAGCAAUCAUUCUUCGGGAAGUACUCAAAGGUUUAGAUUAUUUACAUAGCGAAAGAAAAUUGCAUAGAGAUAUAAAAGCGGCCAACGUACUUUUAAGCGAAAUGGGUGACGUGAAAUUGGCCGAUUUCGGAGUCGCUGGACAAUUGACAAACACGACGAGUAAAAGAAAUACAUUUGUCGGAACUCCAUUUUGGAUGGCACCCGAAGUCAUUAAGCAAUCGGCAUACGAUUCAAAGGCGGAUAUUUGGUCGUUGGGCAUCACAGCCAUUGAGUUAGCCAAGGGUGAACCGCCAAAUUCUGAACUUCAUCCCAUGAGGGUUUUGUUUCUCAUACCAAAAAAUAAUCCUCCACAAUUGACGGGAAAUUAUACGAAACAAUUUAAAGAAUUCGUCGAAGCUUGUUUGAACAAGGAUCCGGAAAAUAGGCCGACGGCGAAGGAAUUAUUAAAAUUUUCAUUUAUAAGAAAAGCUAAAAAAAAUUCGUAUCUCGUGGAUUUAAUCGAUAGGUAUAUUAAAUGGAGAGCUCAGAGAAAUGAAGAAAGCGAAACGGAAUCAGAAAAUUCAGACUCGGAGGAAUCGAAACCCGAUAGCGACAUGGACGAACCCUGGAUAAUGACAGUCAAAGGCGUUCACUCGUUACAAAUUCAAACAGGUUCUCAUUCGAGCGAAGAAACGUCAAAUCACAAAACGACGUCAAAAGUUCAAAAUGGUUUAUCACCGGUCAAAAGCGAAUCACCUCCGAAAGAUUCUAAUUUGAAUCAUUAUAGAAAUGAAAAGGUUGUGCCAUCGUCUCGCUCUCAUGGCGCUGUUACAACAAAUUCAUCAUCGGCAACAACAACAACCGCAACAACCGACAAUCGUAAAGAGGCCAAGGAAAAGAGAAAUUCAAAAGAUAUAAAUUUUAUAUCAGAGCACAGAGGGGAUCAUCAGGAAAAGUCAUCGAAUUGGAAAUCGGAUAUGAACAAUGCGAACAGCAUAAGUUCGAGCAGCAACAGUAAGUUAGGUGUAGUACCCAACAGUAUUCGACCGUCUUCAUUCACGGGCGUCGUGUCACCCCUCAUAUCCGAGCUCGAAAGAAGACACCUGUACAAUUCGCAUUCGCACGAUUCCAUGCAUCAAAAACCCGACGUGAUAGAAGAAUUAAGAACGGCUUUCGAUUUGGCUGAACUUUCGAGUCCGGGAUUUACGGAUUUGUUCGUCAAAGAACUCGUUCAGAAAUUGGUACCUUCAAUUUCGGAUAUUCGAUUGAAAACGUUCAUGGACAAACUGACAAGGUAA